UGUAGUCUAGUCCUUUUGUGGGAGUUGUGUUGUGACGUAUAUAAUAUAAUAAUAGCAUCUUUUUGGCUGAAGUGCAGUGCGGGAUAGAAAUUAAACAUAUCUAUCCCUGAAUCUGAAUCUGAAAUGAACCUUGAAUCCUAUCCUCCUCUCUUUAGUGAGCUGAACAACCAGGAGGAGUACUUGUCGUCUGAUCAUCAUCAGAAGGUUGACACGGUUGAUAGCAUCAUCAUCAAACCAGUAGUCCAAGAUUCGGACCCUAUACCUGUCAUUGAUCUCCAAAGCCUAAGCCUUGAUGAGCUAGGGGAGGCUUGUAAAGAUUGGGGUCUCUUUCGUUUGGUCAAUCAUGGGGUUCCUCCAUCCCUUUUGAACCAACUUCAAGACCAUGCCAAAACGCUUUAUUCUCUUCCCUUUCAAUCCAAACAGGCCUUAUUCACCACCCCAACGUCAUACUUUUGGGGCACCCCCGCCCUGACACCGUCUGGCGCACCCCUUUCAAGAGGUCCCCAGAAAAUCAAUUGGGUUGAAGGCUUCAAUAUUCCAAUUAGUCAACUCUCCCAACUGCAACCCCUACAUCCUGUGCUUGCCUCUUUCAGACUGCUACUAGAAGAUUAUGGAAAGCACUUGGCUAGACUUGCUAAGACCAUAUACGAAGCAAUGGCAAUGAAGCUCAAACUAGAUGAAGAACAAUCCAAGUCCAAUCUAUCAGAAUCCACUGGUAACAUACGUGUUUACCGUUAUCCAAGCUGCUCUAUACCAGACACUGCAUGGGGAAUUGAUGUGCACACAGACAGCUCGGUAUUGUCCAUAUUGUACGAAUGUGAAGUGGGUGGACUUGAAGUCCUCAGAGACGAUGAAUGGUUCCAAGUAAAACCUAUUUGCAACGCAUUAAUUGUCAAUCUUGGAGAUAUGAUGCAGGCAAUAAGCAAUGACAAUUACAAGAGCGUGAAACACAGAGUUAAGCUGAACAAACAUAAAGAACGGAUUUCAAUAUGCUACUUUGUGUUCCCAGAUGAAGAUAGCGUGAUUCGGAGCUCAAAAUACAAACCUUUUACUUACAAUGAUUUCCGGGCACAAGUACAAGAAGACAUUAAAACCCACGGGUUUAAGUUAGGCCUUGAAAGUUUCAAGCUUUCUGAGGCUUUGUAAGUAUAAUGGGCUUCAAAAAUCCUUGUUUGUGAGCUCUAAUUUUUUUUUUCUUCUCUUUGUUGAAAACAAAAUUAAUUUCCAUUUCUAUUUACUUUUUACUUUUUUGGUUUA